AAUGGCAGAGUAGUUACAACUGGAGGUCCUGCACUGGCGUUGCCUUGGCGACGAACAUGUUUGCAAGCGCUGCUUAUGUGCAACGGUGUAUGGGAUUGUCUGUAUAAAAUAAAAUUGGUGAGAUGACCGGGCGACCAGAGGCGACCUGUUAUAAUCUGCGUGAGUUUUCACUGUCACUUUCUAGAUGAUCUCACGAGAGCCGAUUUGAAAACACACGAUAAAAAGAGUCUAGUGCUAUUUGGAUUUCACUUCAGGAAUUACUAUAAUGGAGGUCCUGUCAGAUCUUGAACGGCUUCGUGUUUCUGUUGUCCUAGAAGAUUGUCUUGAGCAGCUGGCCAUUCUUGGAAGAAGCUUGCCAACCUCUAGCAAGCCUUCCUUCGGUGAUAUACGAUCAUCAAGGUCUGAAAUGCGGGGAGAUCAUCUAGGGGAUAUGACAAGUGAUCAUUCAAUGACCAGAGAUCUUGAUGAGACCACCUUCAGUACCACAGAUGGUCUACUCAAGGUGCAGUGGGACAGACAGUUUGCAGAAGCUGUGAUCAAAGACACUUUGCAGGAAGUGCGCUCAACUGGUACAUUCCACAAGUUGCUGCAGGCUGUUGAGAUGGAGAUGGAUCAGAAGGCUGGUCUCCAGGAUAUAAUUGCCAGCGAAGAAGAGAGUCGCCAGAGGAUAAAGUUACUACAGAGAAAGUUACAGGAGAUAAGAGAGGAAAAGGAACAGGAAGUGCAGCGACGCAACGAAAUGAUUGCUCACUUAAAGGAUCAGCGUCAGGAGAAAAAGGCCAAAAUGAUCCUAGAAGAGAAAUAUACAAAGAAAAAUGCAGAACUGCAAGUUUUCCAGGAGCAGAAGAGGUGUCAGGAGCAAGAACAGGACCUAAAGAACCAAAUUGAGCAUUUGAAAAAUAAAACUGCAGAGGAAUUGAUUGUCCAUAAGGAAAUGGAGGAAUUCCUGAAGAAGUAUCAGACUGAACUACAAGAAAAACUGGAGAUGUGGAUGGACAAGUAUGACAAGGACAUUGAGCUGAAGCAAAGGGAAUUGAACUUGCUGAGAAACUCCAGAUCCAACAAUCUGGCUGAGAUGCAGAAGCUUGCCAAACAGUUUAGCGAGUACGAGGCUGUGGUAAUCCAGGACCGCAGGGAGAGAGAGGAAGAGCAGAGAAAACUGGAACAGGAGGAACGUGAAUACAAGGCUAGUGUCAAGAUCCAGGCCUGGUGGAGAGGUGUCAUGGUACGUAAGGGAUUUGGUCCCUUCAGGAAAGGAAAGCAAAAAGGAGGCAAGAAAGGCAAAGGCAAAGGAAAAGGCAAAGGCAAAGGGGGCAAGAAGAAAAAAUAAUUACUUAGCUGACAGUGCCAACUACAGUGUUCCUUUCUUCUGUUAGUUUAAAACUUUGUAUUAUACGAGAAGGAAACAACUUAUUUUCAGGACUUUGUGAUCAACAUACAUCACAACAUUUCCACAUUGCUUACUGUAGCUUAUUUUGGAAAAAAUACAACUGCAUUUGGCUUCAAUAUUCAUUUGAGAACCCUGAGUCCUUCAUCACAUGCAACUUUUUUCAGACUGUCAAGAGUUCAUAUGAAAGAUUAAAACUCAGAUAUGCACGAACGAUGAUGGCCUUUAUAUAUAUAUAAAAAAAAAAAA